CACCCGAACUUUGGGGAGAUACCAGGAUACAUACCGAACGCACAUAAUCCCGGCCGUGCAAGCCUAGCUGUGUUUCGCUCCGACGUGUGCCAUUAUUCCCGGCAUGAGGGGUAUGGGCGGAAAAAUUAUCACUGAGUCUAAAGUAGAGCUACGCGAAUUAUCCGUCCACAGGUACCCAUCCAAUGGUUGAGUGUAAUGCUAUAUAGACGACCACGUCCAAGACAACCACACAGGAUUCUACGAAUGCCAUGCUGUGAGAAAUGCGCUUCCAACUCCCCCUGGUGCUAUCCGCGAUCUUUCUGUCCACCCAAUCGCACGCAGCGUCUAACUCGUCCAGACCUACUGCCACCACGUCGAAUGGAACAUACGCCGGCAGGUAUCUCGAAGCUUGGGACCAAGACCUCUUCCUAGGCAUCCCCUAUGCGCAGCCCCCAGUUGGCCCGCUGCGAUUCAAAUGGCCACAGUCCAUCGAGACCGCCUUUUCUGGUGUCAGAGAUGCAUCGGCGUAUGGAUACAGUUGCUACCAGUACAGGACCAACUUCAACCUUUCGGAGGACUGUCUUACUCUUAACGUGGUACGCCCAAGCGGAUAUGCGAAUGAGAAGCUGCCGGUGCUUGUCUGGAUCUACGGCGGUGGAUUGUACGCUGGAUCGACGGCGGAUCCACAGUACAAUCUCUCUGGCAUAGUGCGCAACUCGCAAGAUGCACAGUCUCCGAUCGUUGCCGUGAGCAUGAACUACCGUCUUGGUGUAUGGGGCUUUCUGCAAACGCCGCAGAUCCUUGCCGAGGGGAGCAGCAAUGCUGGCUUGCUGGACCAGAGACUAGCUCUACGUUGGAUCCAGGAGAACAUCGCUGCCUUCGGCGGAGACCCCGCUCGAGUCACGGUCUGGGGCGAAAGCGCUGGCGCCCAAAGCAUUGGUCUGCAUCUCAACUCGUACGGUGGGAGAGACGACGGCUUAUUCCAGGCGGCGAUCCUGGAAAGCGGUGGCCCCGUCGGAGCUUUCCUCGCCCCUCUCGCUUACUACACCGCGCCUGUGGAGAAUCUGACGCGCACAACCGGCUGCUGGACAGCGACCGAUAAAGUAGCAUGUCUCCGAGCCAUAUCCUCGGAAGCGCUUUUCGCAGCGCAAGUCAGCCAGGUCUGGAAUCCCAUCGUCGACGGCGACUUCCUGCAGGCGUAUCCUUCCACCUCCAUGGACAAAGGCCAUUUCAUCAAGGUCCCGCUCCUGACCGGCGCCAACUCCGACGAGGGCGUCUCGUUCAGCGUCCACGGCCUCGAUAACGCGACGGCGAUCUUCGACUCCCUCAUGUACUGGCGCUCGUACGCGCUGUCGCCACCAAGCAUCCGCAAGCUGCUGGACCUAUACCCCAACGAUCCGAUCAACGAGCCUCCAUACGGCAGGCUGGGAAACGAAACGUACCCCAAGUACGGGCUGCAGUGGCGGCGCGACGCCGCCAUCGGAGGCGACCUGGUGAUGAUUGCCCAGCGGAGGAAGAUGUGCGAGGUUUACACGCGCGCGGGCAAAGACGUGUGGAGCUACCGCUUCGAUACGCCGCUCUGGAAUCAGUCCGUACCCGUCUCCGUGCCGCAUUUUGUCAACGUGGUGUUUUCCUUCCAGAACAUCAGCGGGGCGCUCGGUCCCGUGACGCAGUAUCAAGCAUAUAAGGAUCUGAGCACCAGUAUCGGCAGAGCGUAUGUCAACUUCGUCGUGGGCGGGAAUCCGAACGGGAAUAACGGGACUGGAUUGCCGAACUGGCCUAAGUACGCCCUUGAUGCGCCGAGGAACAUGGUGCUGAAUAGCAAUGGGAGCUUUGUCGAGGGGGAUACCUGGAGGAGGGAGGGUAUAGCGUUUAUCAACUCAAUUUCGCGGGAGUUGCUGGGGUAG